AUGGAAGAAAUUUCCGGAUAUAUAUCGAGGCCGGUCUCGCCGAUCUCAGAUGGUGGUGAGGGAGUCUCGGUAACCUGGGAGAACCUAAAAGUAGAUGAGGGAGGUAUGUCUCAGCCGGAUCGCGGCUCUCUCGCUCUACAACUCAACAAGUCACUCAAGUAUAAUCCAGGAGAUCCCCAACAUCUAGGCUUUUGGAACAUAUCUAUCAUUGCGUUUGGCAGUUUGUACGUUAUCUUUCUACUGGGUUUCUUAUGGUUCCUAUGGGGUGGACAUGAGGACAUUCCGUUUUGGCGAUGGCUGGUUGUGCAAGGCUACGUUCAAAGAGCCGUAACGUUAUGUGCGACUAUUUUACGAAUAGUCGUUGCGGCACAGUCGAGUCUGGGAGUAUCUAUGCUUGCCGCUCUGGUCAUAGAGUCGGCUGGGUCUGCACUAAAACGUUCCACCGCUUUGUCCCUACAGCGAUUUCUGGGCGGGACUCCAUUCACUUUGAUGGAACUUCGUCUUUUGACUGGUAUAGGAAAAGUCAUAUCUGCGCUCAUAGUACUGCUAUCAUCUACGACAAUUGGAGCUUAUUUUACCUCCACUGCACUUAUUUCCGACUUCGCUUUACUAUCCAUCUUAGGCUAUCCGGUCCAAAACGAGUUUUUGUAUUCUCUCAACAAUGUCAGUACUCUAGGCAGCGAGCCAAUCUAUAGCAACAAUCGACCAACAUCCUAUCCAGCAUUCGCGGAGUUUUCGACAUCCGUAGAAGUCAACCAGUCUGACUCCACCCAAGAGUUCGUCGAUGAUACGGGUCCUACCUUACGUGCCUUUCUCCCAUUAAGUGCCGAUAUUCGACAGAACGUGGGGUCAUACAAUGGCAUUGGAACACUCCUCAACAGUCACGUCGUCUGCGUUAGGCCUGUUAUUCAAAACCUUACAUAUACCAUGCAACGGACUGAUGUGUCUAAUGACUUCAAAUCAUUCAUCAGUGGUAGCAUCUCGCUCGAGUCCAUGCCAGAGGGGCUAGACUUUGAUCAGCUGGAAGGGGAAAAUAAUUUGCAAGAUUUUCCCUACGAAGGCUAUGGCUGGGGUCCCACGCUAUCUCUUAAUUUUAGCUGUCAGAUGACGCUUCCAUCCAUUAUGGCUACAGGAGAAUGGCCAAUUUCUAUGUGCGUUGCGGGGAAUAUGCUAAAUAGCACGGGAGCAACGCUAUCUGAUAUGGGACGAUUACCAACUCUUGGCUUGCGAGCAACGUCGCUUCUCAAUGACAACGUUCUGUUUGAUCCUCUGUCUUAUGUCCUAGUUAAUUACUGCGGCCUUCUUCCAAAUGUCUAUGACGUUGCAGCUCCCCCCAAAAUCGAACCAGCAAACUGGACCGAGAUUGCGAGUAGCUCACCAACAUGGAGGACGUUCACACAAAAGCUUUACGGGAAUUUCACCUACGUCUCUCUUAGCUAUUGUUUCUCUCACUUCGCUGCAAUUGACGCACAGAUCUCCGUGAAUAGCUCAACUCCGCGCGCCGAGCCCAUGCUUAGCAAAAGCAACACCAGUAAUACACCGUUCGACGCAACUGAUGUCCUUCGUCAGCUCGGAGCAGAUGGUGUCAACAGAUCAUUGAAUGAUCGUGGUAUUUUGAGUCUUUCCAAGGAUGAAAAAUGGCCGUCUUACACUGAUACUAAAACAUCUCUCGCUCUGGAUGGCUCAUAUGGCUUCGGAAUGCAGAGAAAUGCUUUCUCUCCGCCACAUAGUGGGAAAUUGGAUAGUGAGUACCUUAUCGCAUAUGGUGAUGCUAUAUCUGGCACCUGGGGACUUUGUAGUGGUUGCUUGCAAGAUGAAAACGAUGGAUCAUCUCUCAAAGCAUCUGGCCGCGUCGCAAUCGCUCUUCAAGCUUUGUUCACUGUUGUCAACAUGAUGCAGUAUUAUGAUCGACUACCUCAAUUCGACCUAGAGGCUCCAAUAUCAAUCAGCACCUUCUCCCCAAAGAUCCAACCAAAGCAUCGCAUGGGUCUUCUAUUCGUCACCAUCGGCCUACUCAUCCACAUCGCUACCAUGAUAGCGAUCACGACGAUAUUUCACUUCCGAACCAAGAACCCUUUCAUUGGCCAGAGCUGGCACACAGUUGCUCAGUUGCAGAAUGAGAACAUGAUUCCUAUCUUGGAAAAAGCGAGCUUGAUGAGAGAUAAUGAGGUGGAAUCUAUGAUGCGGGAGGAAGGGAUGAAUGGAGACGAGGUGUUUUACAUGGAUAGUGUAGUAGAGGUUGGUGGUGAAAAAUAGGAAAGGAUAUCAAUGCAGGAAUAAAUAUACGAGUGUGGUGAUAUAUUGUGAAGCGGUGUCAGCUGAUGCACUGCUGCCAAGGAGGACUGAGGUUAAGUAAGACUACUCUGGCACUCUGGG